AUGCCGCCCCUUCCCAGCCUCCCCUUCCCUAUCCUCCUCCAAACAGCCGCUUACCUGUCCACAUCCGACGCCAUCAAUCUCGCGAGCAUCUCAUCAGCCCUCCGAGACAUCGGCGAGUCGCGGGUAUGGCGAGACAUCAGCCUUCGCUUGGACUCCACAAGCCGACCCCCCUCGCCACUUCUGACCGGCAAAGCGAAAGAGCACUUUGUACCUGAAGCAGUGCGAGAGUUGCCUGCGGGGAAGACGGACCUCCUGCAGGGCGCGAUGGAGUACCUGACUAGCCUCUUUGCCGCCCAUCCCAGACGGCUGCUACAUGUCAGGCGUCUGGAUAUCGCUUGUCAGCGGUACCCCUGGGACGGCAAGGAACAGGUCGGAGAGGCGGUGGUACAUCCGGGCGACACGGGCGAAGGGAGCUGGGAGGACGUCGAGAAUCAGCGGGUGGCGCAGUGGUUGAAGACCCAUGACGAUCGGCAGCGGAGCGGUCCCAUAUCCCAUCCAUCCCUCGCUCGUACAUUCGCCAAUAUCCCCAGCCUCCCCGCGGUCCAGCACCUCCAUCUCGACCUCUUCGAGUCGUGGGACGAGUACACUACGGCUUGGCGCACUAUCACUCCCAAUGUCAAACACCUCUCCAUCAAGCUCCAUUGCUACCCCACUAUCGAGUGCCUUCCUCUUCCUACGCGGGCUUCUAUACCCUGGACGGGUCUCCAAUCGCUGCGAUUCGAGACGUUCGGGCGGUGCAUGGCUGAAUUCGCCACCCGGCACCUCGAGGCGAACCCCAACCUGAAGGCGGUGGCCUUAGGGUCUUGGAAUUGGCAGGGCCAGGUCAAGGGGGAUCAGAGGCUCCAGGAGGGCUUGAUGAGGGCGCUGGGCAGGCUUGAGGGGCUUGGAGACUUGGCUAUACCGGCGGAGAUGAGAGAGACGCUUUUGAAAGCAGAGCUCGUCGUCAUGCCCGACCUCCUCAGCCUCGGCACCCACCUCCACUUCGAGAUCGCCUCCUACCUUCCCCUCUGCGACGCCAAAUCCCUCGCUCGGACUUGCAGCCAGCUACAAGAUGCUGGCGAGUCUCAAAUAUGGCAAAAGCUCCACCUCAAUUUUGACGACAACUUGUGCGGGGCCAAUCCCGAUCUGCGGAGCGCGUCUGAGUCCCUGCUCGUCAAGGAGGGGGGAUUCCAUUGCGUCGAGCAAUGGUGGGAUGAUUUACAAGCGGCACUGGACUAUCUGGGCCCCAUGCUCAUCCGGCGUCCAAAGCGGUGCUCCUUUGUACGAGAAAUCGACAUCUCCUGCGAUAGGGCGUUCCCCUGGAGCGGAGACCGGUUCUUCGCAUGGCGGGCGGAACUCUACAGCGCUGUAGGCUAUCCGGACGGUGAUGGCAUCCGUACGUCCGACACUAAACCAUACGUCGAGUAUGACAGAAAUGAUCAGCGUGACGACCGGGAAUACGUGCGUCACAUCCUCCUAGAGUCAGGCCCGCUGCAACAGCCAAAGCUCGCCCAGUCAUUCGCCGACUUCCCGGUCCUUCCCGCCGUCCGCACACUCCAAGUGCAGGUCCAGCGGGACUGGUACGAGUACAUGGUGCCUCUCCAGCGGGUGGCACCCAACGUCGUACGCCUCACGGUGCACGUGCAGUCGCGAGGCGCCCAUCCGACCCUUGAGGCGCUAUCCCCACCGCGGAUGAUCGUCGAGAUACGGGAGGCGGCAGAUUAUCUGGGAGGGAACAGGGAGCGAUCAGAGAUGGUUCAAACGAUGUGGAAGGAGGACGACAAGUUUAUGGAUCUUGCUUUUGGAUGUGGGGAUUCAGGAUCGGAGGGCUCAGCGAAAGAGGCGGGAGAGGAAGACGGGUCACCCGCUCAGUCUUGA